GUUUUUUUUUUGCUUUUUACCCUAUCUAACAAAUUUUAAAGGCUUCGGUGUAAAUAUUAAAAUGGGGUUUCUUCGAUUCGUCCAGCAAACCCGCUCAACACUUGGUCGAUAUCUGAGUAGUCCAGCUCCUACUGUGGAAAGGACUUUGAAUCUCGUUUUGGGCAACGAAUCGUGCGAUCUUGAUUCGGCUAUCUCGGCCUUGACUCUAGCCUUUAUCUAUAGUCAGCGCCAGCAGCAGAAUGACUAUGUUCCCGUUUUGAAUAUACCUAGGAUGGAGUAUCCCCUCAAGACGGAGGUUGGCUAUUUGCUUGAUAAAUGUGGUAUUAAUCAGUCCAUGUUAGUUUUCCGUGAUGAUUUGCCUGAGCAACUCGAUCAACGGGUCAGAGUUAUUCUAGUUGAUCAUCAUAUAAGUGAGCUAGCAUCCCUUGUAAAGGAGAUAUACGAUCAUCGACCGCUGGACAAAGAUAAUCCGGCAUUAAAAUCGUUACCAAAAGACGCAAUCGUUCACUUGGAGCCUGAAUUGGGAUCUUGUGCCACGCUCAUAGGUGAAUGUUACCUGGCAGAAGAGCAGCCUCAGUCCGCGGAUGUCUCUCGUUUGCUGCAUGCCACCAUAGUCCUAGACACAAUUAAUUUUUCCCCAGCAGCUAAACGUUUCUCCCACAGGGACUUGGUCAUGGUACAAAAUCUGGAACAAAAAUUAAAUCAACAAAUUGAUCGUCAGCUACUUUUUGACGAGCUUAGAGCUGCCCGAGCCGAUAUUAGUCAACUCAGCUUAGUUCAGGUUCUGCGUAAGGACAUGAAAAUCGUUCACACUGCACGGCAACAGGUGCCCAUGGCUGGCUUACCUUUACUUGCUCGGGACUUUGUGGCUCGAGAUGGGGCUGAGGAGGCAGUGCGGGAAUUCGGCCGGGGCUCCGAUCUCGUGUGUAUUUUAGGCAUGUAUGUGUUACCCGAUGAUGGUCAGGUGCAGCGCGAUGUGGCCCUCAUUUCGUUGACACCAGAAUCUCAGCUUAUCAAAAGGCUGCAACAGACUCUAGUCGAACACGCAAAUCCAAAAUUAGGUUUGUUUCCGUAUGACAACGAUAUAAAGUUUAUGAAUGGAUGUUUCCUUAGCCAACGGAAUGUUCAGGCCACCCGCAAGCAUAUUCUGCCUGUCGUCCGGCAAGUUCUGCUGGACUGGGAGGAGACUUGCAACUGCUAGAUUGCUAUACCUAUGGAUUGGGAAAGGAUCUAAAUAUGUAUGAAUAUAUCCGUUGCCAAUAGUUAGCAUUGGCAUUAACAAUUAAAAAAUUGUCUUUUUUAUUUUUCUCACUACUGUACAUAUAAAAAAAAGAGAAAAAUAAAAAAACUUAUAACUGUG